AUGCGAUCUGUUCUUUACUGUGGUGUGCGUGGGCGCAUCGGGAGAUCUACACAGCGGUUGUUCUUCACAACCCCACCGAUCCCACCGGGACUCCCACCAGCACCUGCGGCAUCGGACGCCAAACCCUUCUUUAAGGCUGCAGCGGAGAAACACACUUCUAGCACUUCGUCCUCCCUUAAUUUGUCGUCUUCUUCACAGACAUUAUCAUCAACAAAAACAAAAACAACAACAACAACAACAAAAACCAUAAUCUCAGAAGAGGCAAGCAACACAUCACAUGCCGAGAAGGAAGAAAAUGUUUCCAAAAACGAUCUUAAGAGUAAUGAUAAUAAUAAUAAUAAUAAUAAUAAUAAUAAUAACGGCAGAAGCAGUCUUGGUAAUAGUACCUCUUCCCAAAGUGUGGAGCAACCAAAAGAGAAAUAUCAUGAUGAUGCUCAAAAACAACAUCAUCAUCAUCCUAAUCCUAACCCUAGCCCUCAACGGUCCUCUUUUUUCUCACCUGAGACAUUCGGAAAACAUGUACCAACCCCUGCAAAGUUUGCCGCUUCUCUGGUAGCUGAUGCACUUAAUUUGCCUCCAAAGUGGGGUCCCACUCCAGAGCCAAGUGGUGAAAUGCGACAGGAGUAUAGAGAGCACUGUGUGCUUGGAUGGUCUCCACAUAAUCUCUACCACGUUGUUGCGGAUGUGGCCCAGUACAGCACCUUUCUGCCAUGGUGUCUGGACUCUAUUGUGCACCAAGUCAAACGUUUGGAUAAUGAAGAAGCCCAAAAACUCCUACAGGAACAGCAGCCAAAUACUAAUAAUAAUAAUAAUAAUAAUGAUAAUAAUAAUAAUAAUAAUAAUAAUAAUAAUAAUAAUAAUAAUAGUAAUAGUAGUAGUAGCGACAACAACAUCAGCCCCACCAGCAAUACUCCAAUGGAAAUGCUCGCCACACUCACAGUGGGAUUCUCUUUCUUCAAAGAGAAGUAUACAUCCCGGGUAUUUUUAGUGCCUGGUAAAAAAGUUCAGGCGAUGCUGAACGAGGGAAACGAUCAGCGUCGCAGUCCUGUGUUAAGCGAUCUUCACUGUGUUUGGGAAUUUAACGCAGUUCCAGGGAAAGACCAGCAGGUGGAAGUUCGGUUUAUUGUGAGUUUUGCCUUUAAGAAUCCUCUGCAUUCAAAAUUUAUUAUGUCUCACGUGGUCUCCCUUAUGACGAGAAGCUUUGAGAAACACUGCGAAAAAUUGUAUGGUCCACCAAGCUGUGAACGUGAACGGCUCACAGUGUAA